AUGCUUGCUCGAAUAUGGGUUCGCGGGUUUGCAGAUGUUCCAAAAAAGGCUAGACCUAAUAUCAAAGAUGGACCAUCUUUGCAGGAUUUUGUGACGUCCGGUAAGAUUUUUCAUUUAGAAGGUUUCCUGACUUCGGUUUCUUAGGAUCGGUGGCAGAAGCUGUUCAGAAAUAUGAGGGAAAAUUAAAGCUAGAAAAAGGCGAUAAGAGAUUGCGAUUACCGCCAUGGUUGAAAAAAGACCAGGUAACUUUAGUUUGUAGUAACAGUUCUUUAAUUAGCUUGCUUUGAGGUUUUACCUUCUGAAAAUCGAAAUGUAGCUCGUCUCAAAAAGCAGUUGAAAAAUUUGAAACUUUCGACUGUUUGUCAAGAAGCUCGAUGUCCAAAUUUGGGUGAAUGUUGGGGUGGCUCCGAUGACAGUAUAGCCACAGCGACAAUUAUGUUGAUGGGUGAUACGUGUACACGAGGAUGCCGUUUUUGCUCAGUCAAAACUGCCAGAGCACCACCUCCACUUGAUCCUAUGGAACCAGAAAAUACCGCCGAAGCAGUGGCAUCUUGGGGUGUUGAGUAUAUUGUAAUGACUUCAGUUGACAGGUUUGAAUUUGGGAAUUCAGAAAUUUCGAAUAGUGUACCUUUAUAGAGAUGAUAUUCCUGAUGGCGGGGCUGAUCAUCUUCGAAAGACCGUGCAGCUUAUGAAGCUUAAGAAACCAGGAUUGCUGAUAGAAUGUCUUUUACCGGAUUUCGCUGGCGACAAAUUGAGUAUCGAAAAACUAGCCACUAGUGGUUUAGAUGUUUAUGCGCAUAAUGUUGAAACCGUAGAGAGAUUAACCCCAUGGGUUCGCGACCCAAGAGCAAAAUAUAGACAGUCACUAGAUGCUUUACGAUACGCCAAAGAAGUAAAUCCAGGACUUAUAACUAAAACUUCGAUUAUGCUUGGACUUGGUGAAGAAGAGCAGGAAAUCAAGGAUUGUCUUGCUGAUCUUCGAAAAAACAACGUCGAUGUUGUAACUUUCGGUCAAUACAUGCAACCCACGAAACGCCAUUUAGUCGUCAAAGAAUGGGUUACACCAGAGAAGUGAGUUGUUAACUUCAGUCUGGAGAUGACGUUUGGUGUUUUUUCAGAUUUGAUGAAUGGGCGGAGUAUGCCAAAAAGUUGGGAUUCUUAUAUGUAGCCUCGGGUCCGCUUGUACGAUCUUCUUACAAAGCGGGAGAAUUUUAUCUCAAAAAUGUUUUGAAAAACAGAAAAAAGUAG